AUGGUACAGACGAAGAAGUUCAGAGGUGUCAGGCAACGCCAUUGGGGUUCUUGGGUCGCUGAGAUUCGUCAUCCUCUCUUGAAACGGAGGAUAUGGCUGGGGACGUUCGAGACAGCGGAGGAGGCAGCAAGAGCCUAUGACGAGGCCGCCGUUUUAAUGAGUGGUCGCAACGCCAAGACCAACUUUCCCCUCAGCAGCAACAACACCACCACCGGAGACACAUCGGAGGGUAAAACUGACAUUUCAUCCUCGUCCUCCUCCUCCUCUUCUUCAUCACUCUCUUCCAUCCUCAGCGCCAAACUGAGGAAAUGCUGCAAGUCUCCUUCCCCUUCACUCACCUGCCUCCGUCUCGACACGGCGAGCUCCCACAUCGGCGUCUGGCAGAAACGCGCCGGUUCCAAGUCCGACUCCAGUUGGGUCAUGACGGUGGAGCUCGGACCCGCCGGCUCUUCCAAGGAGCCUACUAGUAAAGCUUCACAAGACGAUGUUGGUCAGGUCACUGAGGUUGGCGGCGGCGGAGAAGAAGGGUUAAUAGACGAGGAGGAGAAGGUUGCUUUGCAAAUGAUAGAGGAGCUUCUAAAUACAAACUAA